UCAAUAGGUUGGUUUCCUAAUUUUCUCUCAUUGUCAUAUUGUCAUCAAAUUAAUUACUCCUAAGUAUUGAUUAUCUAUGAAGGAAGAAGAUUAUCUGAUUAGACCCAAUUUUGAAGAAACCCCAUCUUCAAUUAUAUGUGAUAUUUUGUCUAGAUUACCAACAAAAUCAUGCUUAAACUGUAAACUUGUAUGUAAGGAAUGGUAUAAGAUUAUUACAAGUUCUGAAUUUGCUGAUUUACACUCUUCUUCUUGUCCCUAUUUUACUAUUUUACUUUAUGGUAAAUUCAAUAAUGGCAAGAAAAAUUUUUUGUUGCUUGAUCUUGACAAAUCUUCAAAUGUUGAUGAAAUGGGUAAUCUUGAUUUGGGUUGUGAUGCAAUGAUUAGAUUCAAGUCUAAAUUUAACUACCCACAUCAUAAAUUGUAUGUGAUUAAUGAAUGUAAUGGGGUAAUUUGUUUGAAAUCAUGGGAACAAUGGAGCCCUUAUAUUAUGUGCAAUCUUUUAACCGGUGAGCAAGUGAUUGUUGACCAAUUGUAUAAACCAUCUUGUUCUGUUGAAAUUUAUGGGUUAGGUCAAUGCCCGAUUUCGAAUCGAUUUAAGGUUCUUAGAAUUUUGAAUACAAAUGGAAGUCACAAGUAUCUGGCUGAAAUACAAACAUUGGGUACUAAUGAAUGGAGAACUGUUGGCGAUUCGCCUCAGUUUCAGUUGAGGAGGAGCGGGGCAUUCCUCGAUGGCUCGCUUCAUAGAUACUCCUAUAGAGAUAAUUGUAUAUGGGCAUUCCAUUUUGGGAAGGAAAAAUUUUAUGUUGUUGUAGUACCGGAUGGUACGAAGCGAGGUCUUUAUACUGAAGUUAGUGUUUUUGAUUCUCAACUUUGUUUUAGUUCGAUAUCUGAAAACUGUCGACAAUGUGAAGUUUGGGUUAUGAAGAAAUACGCUGUCAACGAUUCUUGGAUGAAGUUGUUUGUAUUCCAAGUCGAGUCGUUUGCUCAUCGUAUGCCUCUAGUGAAGAUGGGUAAUAAAGAAGUAUUAGUUUCUUAUAAUAAUUGUGUUCAUCUUGGUGUAUGUGAUACCGAAUCUGGAAGAUGUAAACGAGUACGCGUUCCUGGGAUUUCUUCAUACAAAGUGAUCACUUGCAAUCCCCGAUUUUCCAAGUUGUAAAGGUCUAUCGACUAAUAUCGGUUCUGCAAACAUCUUCAUUGACUAGAAUCUUUAGUAUGUGGAUGUUAUUCUACACAAAGAUUAAGGUUUGUUUGAUUGCUUGGCCAAUGUUUUUGUGCGCUUAAAAUUGCAGGAU